AUGGCAGAGAACAGUGUUGCCUGGGAGAGCAAGGGCCAGAUCGGAGGUGGAAGGGCAGAAGAGGACACAGCAGACAUGGAGAAGGGGUACCGAGAUCAGUCGCUCGGUCUCCCCCUUCCCGGUCCGGUCCUCCCUCCCGCCCCUCGCUUUCAUCUUCCUAUCCCCACCUCUCCAACCUCCGCGUUCAUCCCCUCCCCUCUCCUCCCUCCCUGCUCCCGCCUGCCCCACCCCUGGGAAGCCCCUCCCGUCGGGCAGCGCCGCCUUUAUAAGCGGGUUCCCUUCCCGGGGGCGGCAGCGGCUGGUCGCAGCUCUGCUAGUGCGGGGGCGGCGAGCCGAGGGCCAAGCGACCGUGGCCGGAGCGCGCCGGCCUCCGCCCGCACCACCCGCACCGCCUUCCCGCCCGCCCUCCGGACGGCCGCAGCCCUGCGGGUCUCGGUUCCAGACCCACCCCCGCCCCACCCCGCGCGCCUCUGCCGCCUCUUCCAGAGACCCAGCUUGCUGAGCGGCCGCCGCUGCCGCUGUCGCCGCCGCCGCCGCCACCGCGCCAGGUUCCGGUCGCGGCCACCCUCCGCCGACCAGGGCCCCUCCGUCCCAGCUCCGGGACCCCGGCUCCCCGCCAGCCUUGGCCCCGGCCCCGGCACCAUGUCGGAGAAGAGCGUGGAGGCAGCGGCCGAGUUGAGCGCCAAGGACCUGAAGGAGAAGAAAGAGAAGGUGGAGGAGAAGGCAGGCCGGAAAGAGCGAAAGAAAGAAGUGGUGGAGGAAGAGGAGAACGGGGCUGAGGAGGAGGAAGAAGAAACCGCGGAGGACGGAGAAGAGGAGGAUGAAGGGGAAGAGGAAGAUGAGGAAGAAGAAGAUGACGACGACGAAGGGCCCGCGCUGAAGAGAGCUGCUGAAGAGGAGGAUGAAGCGGAUCCCAAAAGGCAGAAGACAGAAAAUGGGGCGUCGGCAUGAGCCCCCUGCCAGCGGGCUGGGGACGGGAGGCUCCUCUGGGUCUGGAGGUGGGGGUGGAACCGACAGAGCAGCCACUCUCCACCUGGCUCCCUGCUCUGGGUCCUGCACAGGAGCUGCCACCCCCUUUCUCCCCAGCCUUCUCUUGUCCACCUCUCCGGACACCGCCCCCUCCAUCCUCACUCUGCCGUCGUCCACCCCUUGACCUGCUCCAUCUGAGCUCCCCAGCUGGCCCCCAAGUGCUCCUCUCCUGUCCUUGCCCUCUUCCUCCCCCAGCCAGUCCCAGCCCCUUCCAGUAGCCUGUUCUUCCUAACCCCUGCAUCCCAGCCUCCUGUCCUUCCGCCCCUACCCUGCCUGAUCCUUGGGUCACCCUCAGAUCCCCUUCUCUCAGACAGACAGCGCCAGGCCGGGGCGGGGCCAGGGCUGGGGCCAAGCCCCACAGCUGCUCCUCUCCCCUCCCCCUUUUGUAUAAUUUAAUAAAGAAAUGGUCGCGCUUCUGUUUUUAA